AUGGAGAAUGACAAUAGAAUUAUUGUUGGUGGUUCAAGUGAUGACUUACCUAAUAAUAACAAUGAUAGCAAUGACAAUAACUCACUUGUCAGUGGUAGUGUUGGCACCCAACCUAAAAAGAAAAGAAAAGAAAUAGCACCAAGAUCCAAAGUUUGGAAUCAUUUUGAUAAGGUUGUUGAGAAUGGUAUGUGUGGAGUGAAGUGCAGAAAUUGGGUGUUGCAUAAGAGAAUACUAAAUUUUUGCCCCAUCUCUAGUCAUAAGGGUGAACAAAUGGCAGAGGCUAUUGGUAAUUGCUUGCUUGAUUGGAACUUGGAUAAUGUGUUUUCUGUUACCGUUGACAAUGCUUCUUCAAAGAGUGUUAUGAUUACAAAACUAUCUAAGCAGUUAGAUAUGUGGGGAACGAACAUAAUGGAGGGCAAGCAUCUUCAUAUGAGAUGUAUGGCUCCCAUACUUAACCUAAUUGUGCAAGAAGGUUUGAAGGAAAUUGAUAUUUCUGUCAAACGGGUUAGGCAAAUGGUGAGGUGGAAUUCUACCUACUUGAUGUUGGAAGUGGCACAAAACUUUGAAAAGGCUUUUGAUAGGUUUGAUCUUUUUGAUGAACAUUUUAAAACUUAUCUAUCUACUCAUAUUUGUGAAGGUGGAAGUAUUGCUGGUACACUUGGAUGUGAUGAGUGGGCAAAUGUUUCAGGUUCACAUUAUGUUACAUCUAGUGUUCAUUUUGAGGAUAUAUGUGAGUUUGAUGUAUACUUAAAACUGUGUCUUACAAGUGAAGAUCUUAAUUUGAAAAAUAUGGCUGAUGGGAUGAUAAAGAAGUUCAAGAGAUAUUGGGGCACUCCUGAUAAGAUGAACUCAAUGAUUUAUAUUGCUUCUGUGUUAGAUCCUCGCAAUAAAUUUGUGUAA